AUGGGCUGGACGACGAGGCUGGCCACGGCAGCCCUGCUGCUGGGCGUCGUGAUGGUGGCCACGGGAGACGAGGACGAGAAUGACCCGUGUGUGUACGAGGCCUUGCCGGACGAAGAUACCGUCCUCUGCAAGGGCCUCGGCGUCUUCUACCCCGAGCUGGGGAACAUCGGCUGCAUGUUUAUUCCCGACUGCGACAACUUCAGACAGAAGAUCACCUCCUGGACGGAGCCCAUAGUCAAGUUCCCCGGGGCCUUGGACGGGGCAAGCUACAUCCUGGUGAUGGUGGACCCCGACGCCCCGAGCAGGUCGGAACCCAGGCUGAGGUUUUGGAGACACUGGUUGAUUACAGACAUCAAGGGUGCUGACUUGAAGAAAGGGAAGAUUCAGGGCCAGGAGUUAACAGCCUACCAGCCUCCCUCCCCGCCGGCACACAGUGGCUUCCAUCGGUACCAGUUCUUCGUCUACCUCCAGGAAGGAAGGGCCAUCUCUCUCCUUCCCAAAGAAAACAAAACUCGAGCCUCUUGGAAAAUGGACAUCUUCCUGAACCGUUACCACCUGAAUGAACCGGAAGCAAGCACCCAGUUCAUGACCCAGAACUACCAAGACUCGCCCAGGUUCCAGGCUCCGGGCAGCGACAAGGCCAAGGACAGACGCAACUAGAGAGGACUGCCU